AUGCUCCAUACACGUGUCCUUGUGCCAUUUAAUUCUCAUUUCUUUUUUGUUUCUGACGUUCGACUCUUCCCUUUUUCUUUUGUCCAAGCCACUCAAAUAUUUCUCUUCACCAAAUCUUACCCCAUUCUUUCUUUCUUUUUUUCUUUCUCUCUCUCUCUCUCUCUUUUCAGGCCAACUUUAUUAAUAGUCAUGCUAAAUGUUCAGCGUCAUCGUCCUGUGUUCGAAACUGGCGGCGAUAUUCUCGCCAUUGAUCCCGCAUCCAGCGGACUAUCAUUUGCUCUCGCGCGUUCCCAGCUAGAAGGGAUCUCCAGCAAUGAGAACCCCUUCCUCUUCCCAUCACUCCGCCACCUUCGACACUUCCUGUCAUCGCAUGGACACCGACAUUUACAAGAAUACAGGUCUCUCUCUCUUUCGAUCUAUCUAUCUAUCUAUCUAUCUCUGUCCUUUUUAUAUCUAUCUAUCUAUCUAUCUCUGUCAUUUUUAUAUCUAUCUAUCUAUCUAUCUAUCUAUCUCUGUCCUUUUUAUAUCUAUCUAUCUAUCUCUGUCCUUUUUAUAUCUAUCUAUCUAUCUAUCUAUCUAUCUCUGUCCUUUUUAUAUCUAUCUAUCUAUCUAUCUAUCUAUCUCUGUCCUUUUUAUAUCUAUCUAUCUAUCUAUCUAUCUAUCUCUGUCCUUUUUAUAUCUAUCUAUCUAUCUAUCUAUCUCUGUCCUUUUAUAUCUAUCUAUCUAUCUAUCUAUCUAUCUCUGUCCUUUUAUAUCUAUCUAUCUAUCUAUCUAUCUAUCUCUGUCCUUUUUUAUAUCUAUCUAUCUAUCUAUCUAUCUAUCUCUGUCCUUUUCAUAUCUAUCUAUCUAUCUAUCUAUCUCUGUCCUUUUCAUAUCUAUCUAUCUAUCUAUCUAUCUCUGUCCUUUUCAUAUCUAUCUAUCUAUCUAUCUAUCUCUGUCCUUUUCAUAUCUAUCUAUCUAUCUAUCUCUGACUUUUUAUAUCUAUCUAUCUAUCUAUCUAUCUGUCCUUUUCAUAUCUAUCUAUCUAUCUAUCUGUCCUUUUAUAUCUAUCUAUCUAUCUAUGUCCUUUUUAUAUCUAUCUAUCUAUCUCUGUCCUUUUUAUAUCUAUCUAUCUAUCUAUCUAUCUAUCAGAGACCGUUUAAUAUCUAUCUAUCUAUCUCUGUCCUUUUCAUAUCUAUCUAUCUAUCUAUCUCUGUACUUUUCAUAUCUAUCUAUCUAUCUAUCUGUCCUUUUCAUAUCUAUCUAUCUAUCUAUCUCUGUCCUUUUCAUAUCUAUCUAUCUAUCUAUCUCUGUCCUUUUCAUAUCUAUCUAUCUAUCUAUCUCCUUUUCAUAUCUAUCUAUCUAUCUAUCUCCUUUUCAUAUCUAUCUAUCUAUCUAUCUCCUUUUAAUAUCUAUCUAUCUAUCUAUCAGAGACUUUUUAAUAUCUAUCUAUCUAUCUACCACUGUUUCCUGUGCCUUUUGUCUUAUUCUCAAUGUUUUCUGGAUUCCUUUUUUCACUCUUUUCAUAUACUAUUCUAUCAUUCUUCAUCUCUUUCCUUCCUUAUUUCUCAACUCGGGCUCCUUCUCUUUCCCGAUAUCUUCAUUUCCUUUUGCCGCUAUCAGCGACGACAGUUUGGAUAUUUCUCCAAGCCUGCUGAACAAAGUCUCUUGCCGACCCAGAGGGCUUCACGCAUCACCAGCCAGGUGAGUGAUGCCUCAUCGUUAUUGAGGCAUUUCAACCCGGGCGCCCAAGGCCAUAUCGAGCGAGCCUCCUGCUUCACAACGCCUGGGCGUUGGAGAGGCCAUCCGAAGCCCGUAAGAGGAGCUUCAGAGCGCGACGACAUUCACGAUAAAAGGGCACUCGGCACGUGGUGUACGGCUGGCCUCUUCUUCGCACGAGUGCACACUUUUCAGGGACGGAAAAUGUUUCUGGACGUCUUCUUUCCAAAAGGCACCCUCCUCAUUCGACCCACGACACAUUCGGUCUAA